CCAGAUACCAACAGCAGAAUUUUCUUGGAUUAUGUAUUAAUGUGUUUACAAGAUUUGUAUCCCUCUUUUUAUCUGCAUUAUAUUUUCGGUUGUUAGAGUUGUUCAGCGAAAAGGAAAUCCGAUUUCGGUAAGACUUGAGAAAAAUCGUAGUUCAGAUUUAAGGCGGUUCAGUAAGACCGACUGAUAAUUGAUUCAGCAAUGGUGUAAAUCUCCAUAAUUUUGUCAAAGCAGCACUGCUAGAUCAAGUUACUGUGAUUUUGGACCAAUCUGCCCUUUUUAGUGAAGAGGAAGAAUAUUAUACAGGAAAGGAUGAUUUGGAAGCAAAUGGACUGAUGAACAGACAGAACACUUGAUCUCUGUUCUCCGCAUUGGGGUUGCAUGCUCAGAAGAAUCCCCGGCAAACAGAAUGAAUAUAAAACAAGCUGCAAUGACUUGCAAUCGAUAAAAGACAAAUUUGUUGGUCCUAAAAUGCGAAAAGAAACAAACAAUGAUGCAGAGGCUAAGCAAUAACUCAGUAAGAUAUGAAGGUAUGCUAAUUUUCUUAUCUUGUCAGAAUAUUUGAAACCAUUUUACUUUCCAUUUGUUGGAAGAAGAUUGUGUUGGGAUUUGGCUAAAAACUGUUAAUGAUUUGUUUUUACGAAGCCAAUAAUAUAUAUUAAACCAAUUUCAGACGUGCUUGGAUGCUAGGAUAACGGAAUUCCAUUGUAUAGGUAAUCCAUGAAAACCAUAAGACAUACAGCCCUAAUGAAGUAACUUGGGUGUUCAGUAACUUGUAAGCUUUGCUCAUACUUGUUUCAUCAUACUUGACUUUACGCCUGAUAUAUUUCUGUGGAACUCGUGGAGUUUAAUUUAUAUUAUCCAAGUAGUGACCUUCCAUGCCUGGUAUAGCUAUGAGUGACUUGUUAGCAUAUUUCUUAAGAAUAUUUAGUUUAAUUUAUAUUAUCCAAGUAGUGACCUUCCAUGCCUGGUAUAGCUAUGAGUGACUUGUUAGCAUAUUUCUUAAGAAUAUUUUUCAGCAUAACUCAUUUCUUCAACUUGUCACCUUCGAUGAUGCAAGUGCAAGUUUAUCAUAUUCAUCCGUACAUCAUUUUGUGGAUAAACUAUUGUCAGAAGUCAGAAGUCAGAAGUCCGGAUGUGUGUUUAAACAAAGGAUUAAGUAUAAUAAGAUAGUUAUACAGAGGAAUGUAUUGACACUAUCAUGCAUGUUGAAGGAAUUCUCGAUACCAGAAGAAAGAUAUAUUUAUAUGCUACAAAUUCAAGAGUUGAAAACAUUUUAACUGGAAGUCAAUCAGUAACUACAAAUUACGACAACUUUGACAAGCACAAACAUGAGAUAGAACAUAAACAUCAUUAUUGUCUUAUGUGAUUUCUUGUAUAUUGAGAUUUGACCAUAUUCUUUAUAAUAGUAUCUGCGUCAGCUUAACUAGUUUCAUUAGUCAAUCAGUGAGAAGGGUAAGUAUCAGGCUUGCUUUAUAGGUGUACAAGCAUCAAUAACAUCUUCAUGCCAUUCUUACUUUCUCAAAUGGAGAUUUCUUUACUGAACCAAUGCAUGAUUCUUUUACUAUCUUUCUACUUCAUCGUUGUGCCACCCCUUGAUCUCUUAAAUUUGGAAUGUUUUGCUUCUGCGGCUAAACUUGGGAACAAUACAGACAAAGAUGCAUUGCUAAACUUUAAGUCUCAGAUUAUCGAAGAUCCCCUUGAAGUCUUGUACUCUUGGAAUGAUUCCAUUCAUUUCUGUCAAUGGACCGGAGUCAAGUGCAGUGUCAAACAUGAGAGAGUUAUUUCUCUUGAUCUUAAACAUCAGAAUUUGGCUGGAACUAUAUCACCCCAUGUUGGAAAUCUUUCAUUUCUUCGUUUGCUUGAUGUUGCUGAAAAUUCUUUUCAUGGCAUCAUUCCUCCAGAACUUGGUUCCUUGGCCAGGCUUCAAACUCUGAACUUGAGUUAUAAUAUUUUAGAAGGUGGGAUUCCUGUCAAUCUGUCUCUCUGUUCCAACUUAUACAACCUUGCACUAGAUCACAACCACCUUGAAGGUAAUAUUCCUCCUCUCCUUGGUUCUUUGUCAAAGCUGGGGACUCUUUAUCUCAGAAACAACAACCUCACAGGAAUGAUCCCAGAUUCCAUUGGGAAUCUCACAUCUCUGCGAGAGCUUUAUCUCUCGUAUAAUUAUUUAGAAGGACAGGUUCCGAUUUCAAUCUCUCAGUUGAGAAGCCUGAAAAUGCUAGCACUGUCUGUAAAUUUUCUUUCUGGUGAAUUCCCAAGUGCAGUUUACAAUUUAUCUUCACUAGUUUUAUUAUCCCUGUCUUUUAACAACUUUACGGGUACCCUCAGUAGCAGUAUAGGCCUGGACCUGCCAAAUCUCCAGCUUCUUUAUUUGGCAUUCAAUUAUUUUACCGGGCCACUACCAGAUUCAUUUACCAAUGCUUCAGGUAUCCAGCGGUUUGAUGUCCUUAACAACAAAUUCAGGGGACAGGUACCUCAAAAUUUUGGUAACUUGCGUAAUUUAUCAUGGUUUAACAUUGGUACAAACCAUCUUGGAGAAGGUAAAGACUCUGAUCUGACUUUCUUAAGCUCUUUGACUAACUGCAGCAUGUUAGAGUUUCUAGCUUUUGACGACAACCAAUUUGAGGGAACUUUUCCGAAUAUUGUCACAAAUAUGUCAAUUACACUUACCCGGCUAUUUGUUGGAACAAACAAUAUUCGGGGAAGCAUCCCUGAAGAGAUUACAAACCUGGACCACUUAAUUGUAUUGAGCAUAGUGAAUACUGGUUUAACAGGUCAUAUUCCAGCUUCAAUAGGAAAACUUUCCCGUUUGGGGGCCUUUUAUUUAAACUCAAAUCAGUUAACUGGAAAGAUUCCACAUUCCCUGGGUAAUAUCACCCAACUAUUAUAUCUUCGCAUGUCAAAUAAUAGUUUAGAAGGAAGCAUACCUUCAAGUUUAGGUAACUGCAGGUAUCUACAGUCCUUGGAUCUUUCUUUGAACAGACUAAAUGAUACAAUACCUAAAAACCUUCUAAGUGUUUCAUCAUUUUCAGUGAUUCUCAAUUUGUCUCAUAAUUCUUUCUCCGGGAUCCUGCCAGAGGAUAUUGGAAAUUUGACUAAUCUUGUUGCGCUUGAUGUGUCAAACAACAAAUUUUCUGGUAAUAUUCCUAGAAAGAUCGGUAACUGUUUGGCAUUGGAAGAACUCUACAUGGAGUCCAACUUCUUCCAGGGAAGCAUAGCACCAUUAGAUGAUUUAAAAAAUAUCCGUUAUAUAGAUGUUUCUCACAAUAAUUUGACUGGCCAAAUUCCUGAGACCAUGGGAAGACUUUCCAGAUUGUUAUACCUUAAUCUAUCAUUCAACAAUCUUGAGGGCUCAGUGCCUUCUGAAGGUGUCUUCAGAAACGCAAGUGAGGUUCACGUGUUGGGCAACUUGAAUCUUUGUGGAGGUAUUGAGGAGCUGCAUCUGCAGACAUGCUCUGUGCAGGCACACAGUAAGCAUAGGAAGCACACAUCCCUCAAGUUGAUAGCUGGAAUUGCUGGUGCUUUAUGCUUGGCUUUGUUGUUGCUGUACAUUAUACUUUGUCGAGGGAAAAAGUUGAAGAAAGCAGUUAGUCCUGCAUUUUCUGAUAGGGUAUCUUACCCAAAACUUUCGUAUCAAGACCUCUUUAAUGCUACUGGUGGAUUUUCUUCAGGUAAUGUUCUGGGUUCAGGUGGCUUUGGCACAGUUUACAAAGGAAUUCUUCCCCCAGAUUCACUUAUAGUGGCUGUGAAGGUACUUAAGCUUCAACAGCAAGGAGCUUCCAAAAGUUUUAUAGCUGAAUGCAAAGCCUUGAGGAAUAUCCGCCAUCGCAACCUUGUUAAGGUCCUUAAUGCUUGUUCAAGCAUUAAUUUCGAGGGCAAUGAUUUUAAAGCUAUAGUUUAUCAGUAUAUGUCAAAUGGUAGCUUGGAAGAUUAUCUGCACCCAGAACCUGGACUCUUGCAACAGAAAAACUUAAGUUUUCUCCAACGGAUUAAUAUUGUGACAGAUGUGGCAUCUGCGUUGUAUUAUCUUCACCACCAAUGUGAAACUCCUGUAGUUCAUUGUGAUUUAAAGCCGAGCAAUAUUCUUCUUGACACUGAUUUCACUGCGCAUGUGAGUGAUUUUGGCUUGGCAAGACUGAUUUUGAGCUCAAAUAAGGGUUAUUCCAACCAGUUCAGCUCGAUUGGGAUCAAGGGCACUAUUGGAUAUACUGCUCCAGAAUAUGGCAUGGGGAGUGAGGUCAGCACUCAAGGAGAUGUUUACAGCUUUGGAAUUCUCUUGCUAGAGUUGUUCACUGGAAGAAGACCGACUGAUGAAAUAUUCAGAGACGGCGUAAAUCUUCACAAUUUUGUCAGUAUGGCGUUGACAGAUGAAAUUAUGGUGGUUGUGGACCAAUCUGCCCUGUCUGGAGAGGAAUACAUCACUAUGGAAAAGAAUGAGAUUGGCAGCAAAUGGUCACAUGAGCACACAGAGCAGUUGAUUUCAAUCUUUCGAAUUGGGAUUUCAUGUUCGGAGAAAUCCCCUACACUGAGAAUGAACAUGAAAGAAGCUGCAGCACAUCUGAAAUCAAUAAAAGAAGAGAUUGUUAGUUCUCAGUCCAUUAAACAAUGAUAUCAAGUUAUCCAGGAAAAGGUGGGAUGAUCAAGUACAAUAUGAAGGUACUCAAGACAGGAUUUAUGUGAAUCUUACAACAUAAUUACAGUAAUGGUGUGCUUUUAAUUAAUUUACAUAUAUGUGCAACGUUUAGGUACUAUUUUCUUUAAUUGUACUAAUAUUAUGUGGUAAAUGUUGUGUAAGCUAUGUUACAUAAAUAAGUUAAGUUUUGUUUGUUUUCAAAUUACAGUGCAAGCUUUCUCUCGACUCUAAUUUAAAAGAACAUAAUAUCUUAGACACUUCUCUUA